AUGUUGGAUGAGAAGUCUUUUGUGAGAGAUUUUGAACCUAGGCCUAGUGUUACUUCAUAUGUUGGUAAUCUAAAACCUAGAGAUAAGAAAUCUUUUUUGAAAGAUUUUGAGCCUAGGCCUAGUGUUACCUCUUACAUUGGUAAUCUUAAGCCUAAAGAUGAGAAGUCUUUUGUGAGAGAUUUUGAGUCUAGGCCUAGUGUUAUAUCUUAUGUUGAUAAUCUCAAGCUUGAGGAUGAGAAAUCCUUUGAGAGAGUUUUUGAGCCUAGACCUAGCGUUACAUCAUAUGUUGAUAAUCUCAAACCUGAAGAUGAGAAGUUUUUUGUGAGAGAUUUUAAAUCUAGACCUAGUGUUACAUCUUAUAUUAAUAAUCUAAAGCCCGAAGAUGAUGUAACUUCCAAGAAGGAGAAAUCUUAUGAUGGAGACUUUGAACCAAAAUCUAAUGCAUUUGGGGCCAAGGAAGAUGAGUGA